GAAGUAAAGAUAAUAAAUCAAUUAAUAUCUAAUUGCAAAAUUUCUUCAAUCACCGAGAGGUUGUCACGCUCAAGAAGUCUCUUCCAGAUUCCUCUUCUUCUACGUCCUGUUGAAGAGGUAAAAAUCAUGGAGAAGGAUCCAGAAUGCAUAUCCUACUUAACCCAGCAACAGGCUGUGGAAAUUGAUGCACUUCUCAUGGGCCCUUCGGGAUUCAGCAUCGAUCAGCUCAUGGAACUGGCUGGACUGAGUGUUGCAUCAGCAAUAGCAGAGGUCUACAGGUCAACUGAAUAUAACCGUGUACUUGUCAUUUGCGGUCCUGGAAAUAAUGGUGGUGAUGGUCUUGUUGCUGCCCGUCAUUUACAUCACUUUGGAUAUAAACCAUACAUAUGUUACCCCAAACGUACUCCUAAACCUCUUUACACUGGUCUGGUCACUCAGCUUGAGUCGUUGUCAGUUCCUUUUCUGCCAGUAGAAGGUCUGCCACAGGAGUUAUCAAAUGACUUUGACAUUCUAGUAGAUGCAAUAUUUGGCUUCUCAUUUAAUGGUAUGCCAAGGCCACCUUUUGAUGGUUUGAUAUAUGGCUUGUUGUCCGCAAGAAAACACGAUCAAACAUUUCAGAGAUCACCUGUCAUUGUUUCUGUGGAUAUACCUUCUGGUUGGCAUGUUGAAAAAGGAGCCGUCAAUAGCGAAGGCAUUACACCUGAAAUGCUGGUUUCUUUAACUGCUCCUAAGCUGUGUGCUAAAAUGUUUUGUGGUCCGCACCACUUUUUGGGUGGAAGAUUUGUACCUCCAUCUAUUGUGGACAAAUUUAAGCUUCAAUUGCCACCAUACCCUGGCACUUCUAUGUGUGUCCGUAUCGGAAAACCUUCUCAAGCUGAUGUACAAGCGCAGAUUUCUCUGAAAAAUGUUGAGAAGCACGGGGAGGCUGAUCCCUUCGUUCAGUUCCAGAAAUGGUUUGAUGAUGCAGUGGCAGCAGGCUUGAAGGAACCAAAUUCUAUGGCCCUGUCAACUGCCAGCAAAGAUGGAAAACCUUCUUCACGAAUGGUCCAAUUAAAAGGCAUCCAUGGAGAAGGAUUUGUCUGGUGCAGCAAUUAUGGUAGUCGAAAAGCUCAAGAAAUAUCUGAAAAUCCUCAUGCAUCACUUCUUUUCUACUGGAGUGGUUUAAAUCGCCAGGUAAGAGUGGAAGGUUUUGUGCAGAAAGUUUCUGAUGAAGAAUCUGAGCAGUACUUUCGUAGUCGUCCACGAGAGAUUCAGAUUGGCCCGGCAGUUAGUGAGCAGAGCAAUGUAAUUCCUGGACGGCAGUUUCUCCAUCAAAAAUACAAGGAAAUAGAAGAGAAAUACUCUGAUGGAAGUAUGAUUCCCAGACCUAAACAUUGGGGAGGAUACAGGCUCAUACCAGAGUAUUUUGAGUUUUGGCAAGGAGAUGAAUCACAAGUGCACCUAAGGUUGAGCUAUGUUGCCGAAGAAAUUGAUGGAAAAAUAUCGUGGAGAAGAACUGUUAAAUAGUGAAGACAUCCUUGAACAUGGAAUUUUGUGUAGUUACUGUACUGGGUAUUUGAAGAAUAAAUAUGUAUGAAGCCUGUCAACAGCAAGGAACAUGAAUUGUUACACAGUGGAGAAAAGUGCAAUAAACUAUUUUCUACAUAUGAAGCCUGUUAACAGCAUGCUCUAAUCACGAAUGGAGAUUAUCUGAACACAAAGUGAUAAUGGUGACAUUAAGGUCAAAAAUCUUUGCAUAUUCUCCUUC